UGAGUCCGCAGGUAGUGGUUUCCUGCGGUUUGAGUCCGCAGGUAUACCUCGGAUAUGGAGGCUAGCUGGACCUCUACCCUCUACUGCGUCUUCCUGGCCUGCGGAGCCCUGGGGACCAUCUCGCUUGGAGUCGCCUAUCGCUUUGGCCUUCUCUACCAGCUCCUGCACCAGGUGGACAAAUCCAGUUCACGGUAUGGUGGGGAGAAUGUGGCAGCAGUGCUGAAAGCCCAUGGCAUUCGAUUCAUAUUUACAUUGGUGGGUGGACACAUUUCUCCACUGCUGGUGGCAGCUGAGAAGCUGGGCAUCCGGGUAGUAGAUACACGUCAGGAAGCCACGGCAGUGUUUGCUGCUGAUGCUGUGGCCCGGCUUUCAGGGACUGUGGGUGUUGCUGCAGUGACCGCUGGGCCUGGCCUUACUAACACAGUUACUGCUGUGAAGAAUGCCCAGAUGGCCCAGUCCCCUGUGCUGCUUCUGGGAGGGGCAGCCAGCACACUGCUGCAGGGCCGGGGGCCACUUCAGGGCAUCGACCAGAUGUCUCUGUUCCGACCACUCUGCAAGUUCUGUGCUUCUGUGCACCGGGUACGUGACAUCAUCCCUACUCUUCGGGCUGCUCUUGCUGCUGCCCAGUCUGGUACCCCAGGCCCUGUAUUUGUGGAGCUUCCCAUCGAUGUGCUCUACCCUUACUUCUUGGUGCAGAGGGAGGUGAUGCCCUCCAAGAGCAAACCCCCCAAGAGCCUCAUGGGAAAGCUUGUCUCCUGGUACCUGGAGAACCACUUGGCUAAUCUGUUUGCGGGGGCCUGGGAGCCACAACCUGAGGGCCCCCUUCCCCUGAAUAUUCCUCAGGCCUCUUCCCAGCAGGUUCAGCGCUGUGUGGAACUUGUGAGUCGAGCCAAGAAGCCCCUCUUGUUGCUGGGAAGCCAGGCCUUGCUGCCCCCCACCCCAGCUGAGAGCCUCCGAGCUGCAGUGGAGUCUCUGGGUAUCCCUUGCUUCCUGGGAGGGAUGUCAAGGGGACUUUUGGGCCGGGACAGCCCCAUUCACAUCAGGCAAAACCGCCGUGAUGCACUGAAGGAGGCUGAUGUUGUCAUCUUAGCAGGUGCUGUGUGUGAUUUCCGUCUGUCCUAUGGCCGUGUCUUGAGUCAUAGAAGCAAAAUUAUUGCUAUCAAUCGUGAUCAAGAACAGUUGUUGCUCAACUCUGACCUCUUCUGGAAACCUCAGGAAGCAGUGCAAGGGGAUGUAGGCUCCUUUCUGCUAAGGUUGUCUGAGGGCCUCCGGGGACAGACAUGGAACCAAGACUGGAUUGAGCAGCUUCGAAAAACUGACCUGCAGAAGGAACAGACCAAUCG